AUGGGGACUAUAUUCCAAGACCAAUUAAACCAUUGCAAAUGGAUCCCAAUCAACACAUUUUACAAAGCGAAAAGAGAGUUAGACAUCAAUAACUCUUUCCGCUGCGGCACCAUCACCAUCACUCCUGCACAUUCGUGCCUGAGCAUAACCUAUGCAUAUGAUGGCGAGCUCCAGACCGCGAAAAGCCUCAGUAUCACAAAGCACGCGAUGAGGGAAUUGGAAUCUCCAACUGGUCAACGCGUUCAAGGUCGUGGAUCCCGGAACAUUGUGAAUAGCUUUCGGAUACUAGCUCCCUUUCCUUCUCCCGAAUACCAACCAACCAUGAUAUCCGCCGAAUUCGCCGGCACAAUCAUCCAGGCUGCCUUCCCCGAGCAGGUCGCCACACCCCUGGCGCAAAUCAUCAUGCUCGACGCCGCGCAUGGGGACAGCAACAUUAUCGAUAUAUGCACCAAGAAUCCCACAAAGAAUGGCACUUACGAGCCCGACUCCUACUCCUGGGAGCGAUACUUGAUCGAUACCGGGCCAGAUCAUGAGAUGAUCAGACGGGGACCUCCCGGAAAAGAACAUCCGAAUCUUUUGAUGGUACAGUUUACGCAUACGGACGAGGAUCAUAGUGGUGGAGGGCAGAAACUCCUUGAGGCAUUAGCGACAGAGGAAACCUUACAAAGACACUUUGAGAGAACGGUCUUCGCGUUCCAUUAUCUACCAAACCGAAACCUCCGGUGGUUUUUGUGUCUUAAUGAGAUAAGAGAGGAACCUGAAUCUGAGGGGGGGUACGACCCGUCCCUCUCUAUCCCCUCAAGGAACCAUUCCAAAUACUACCCCUACAUGGUGACUUGCAUGUCUCUUGAUUUCUUUGGUGAGCACCAGAAGGCCCUUGAGGAUGGACGCUACAACAUCUAUCUUCUCUACACCUUCGCCAUCAAUCAAGACCCUGUGACAAAGCAGUGUGUGCCCGCCGGAGAGAAGAAGAGGGCUAACCAGAGGUAUCAUCAAAUCGAGGAGGGGUUGGACAAGGUUUAUCGGGAAGAAGUGAAGCUUGGUCGUGCUUGGGAGAGGCCUUUUAUACAUAGAAUGAUCCUUAGUCCUAAGCGGGGCGAUUGGUACCAGGCCCCGAACAGCCUCGGAACAGUUGACAUUAUCGGCCCGACAAAAACAAUCUACGAGGAAUUUAUCGGCGACAGUAUGCGCAUGGAAUAA